AUGAGCCAGAAUCCACUUGUUAUGCUUGCCCGUACAUGCCAGAAUAUCGGUCUGGAACACCACAAGUCCUCUGAACGCUCAAAACUAUCUUCUCCCUUCUCUGGCGUCAACGGUCCUUACAACUCCCAUUCCAAUUCGCUGGGAGAACUCAAUCUGUUCCCCAUGAAUCAACAACUGACACCGCCGACUGUUUCCGCUGCCUCGAGGUCGUGUAUAAAUCUCAGCACGACCCAUCGACUCAGUCCACCAACUGGAUUCUCUUCACCCAUCGGUAGCACCAGCAGCACCACAACCACUGCUACCUUCGUCCCCCCAAUCUCCCCCACGGUUACAACUAACAAAGAUCACGACCGCAAAUCCCUGAGUGGUGACGAGGCCGACCUUCAAGCGCACCCCUCCUCUGAUUCGCUGAUCCAGUUGGCUCGUCUAUCCUCAAAUCUCAAACUUUCUGGUGACCGCCAGAAGAGAAACAAGCCGGCGGAUUCCCGUCUGCAGACCACCUACAGUCGCCAGCAGAAACGCGUGCGGCGUCAAUCCUUCAGUAGGCCAGCCAGCGGCAUCCCAACCUCCAAGCCACUUGACUUUACAGUCCAUCCUACUGCUGCCGCGGCCGCUGCUGCUGCCAUGGCCAGUCAACGCCGUUCC